GCAAAACACAAGUCAUAGCCAAACUCCCGUUUAAACAUAAACUUUAAAAGAUUCGUCAAUACACGUUCCAAAUGGCAGGGUCGGCUUCCAGUCAGGAUGAACGCAUCCUAGUUGAACGAGUGUUUCUACGAAUUGGAUCAGCAGAAACAGAUGAACAGCUUGAAAAAGCCUUAGGAAAGUUCCUUACACCCGUUCUUAUUAAACUAAACAGUCAAGAAGAUGGAAUCAGAAAAAAGGUGAUGGAGUUGCUUGUCCAUGUGAACAAGCGUUUGAAGAGCAGACCGAAGGUUCAGCUGCCGGUGGAAGCAUUGAUGACUCAGUACCAGGAUCCACAGGCCACGCCAUUUCUUACAAAUUUUACGAUACUGUAUAUUAAGAUGGGCUAUCCACGACUUUCUCCCGAAAAACAAGCCGAGCUGCUUCCAAUACUCGUUAACUGUCUCGAUGGCAGACCUCUGCAACACCAAGACAGUAUACUUCAGUUGCUGAUUCCCGCCCUCCAACACUUGAAAAUGCCACAGAACGUGGAGGAGCGCAGCGCUAAAUUUGGUUUUGGAGAUAAGCCGAAAAUCAGCAAACUUCUUUUAGAUUACAUGCUGGAUGUCCUUCUUCUUACAUACAGUUCACAUGUAGCCACGAUAGAAAGGACCGAAUCUGACAGCCAGUCACAGAGAUCAGCCUCAGCCCCAGCGUCUAGAGCCCCACCCAUCAAGCCUCCCCCUGGUCUAAGUGAACACGCAUUCAAGAGGCUGAGAGAAAAUCCGUUCACGCCGGAUGCGUUGGAGAAGGCCAAACUGGGCAUUGUUAAUUUCCUCGGUGCCAACAUUUUCCCUGAACACGACAUUGUGUGUCAUUAUGUGAUUGCAUCUUCCGACACCAGACACAGUGUUGCCACACAAGCUGACAUGGAGUUGAAGAGAAUCACAGGAAGCAUUGACUGGAAUUCACGUGAAAUAAUCAACAAGCUCUUCCAUGUGUUCCAAGGAACUGUUAUAGUGAAGGGCAAGGAAGUAAAGGCCGACCAGCGGAGAGCUCCAGCAUGCACUCGGAUCAGAUUAAAGAUUUUUCCUAUCUUCCUCAAGUCCACUGAAGCAGCCAACACAUUCCCAGCAUGCAUUCAGGUGGUGUUUGACUGUUUGUUCGGUACCAAUCCUAACCAGAAACUAAGAAAUAUGGCAGUACAGUUUGUGCACCAUAUUUGUUUCAGUUGUGAUGUAGUAAAGUUCAAGAUGUUUGAUGCAGUUCUCCUGUCUGGAAUGAUCAAAUUAAUUGAUGAAGCUAAAGAGGACCCAAAGUUGCGAAGUCUAGCAUAUGGAGCUGUUGGUAAAAUAGCACGGAAAUCUCCUCAACGAGUUACCAAAGACAUAACAUUGGCACAACAGUUUUUUAACGCAGUGUGUCAGGAAGAUUCUGAAACAAGGCUAGCUGUGCAGGAGGCACUGUCCAUGAUGUCGGAAGCAUUCAAACAGCUGGACGACACAAACAAAAAACUCAUGGAGGCGCUUAUCAUGCAAAGCAUAGACAAGCCGGAACCUCAGGCUCGUCUUGUAGCAGUGCAGUACGCUGUGGUCGUCUUCCCACCAGAUCAUAUCCCAUCACGAUAUGUGCUGCUCCUCGCAACUGGAGACCUAAAGGAGGACAUUCACAGUGAGGCGCUGAAAGGUUUGCAUGGACAAUCACGGUCAGGAGAUGAACACAGAGAAGACAAAUCAAUCAGCCUACCUGAGUUCACCGCCAUGAUGGCCUACAUACGCGAACAGGCUAAUCAGAGGAUGAAGAGUCCUCACCGAUACGUGUCUGGAAACAAAGUCCUGCCUUUCAACCCAACUGCUUACGCUGAGACAAUGUUGUAUCUACGUAAGUGUCUGCUGCACUCGGCCAGAGUGAAACCCGAUGAAGACGGCGCGACCAUGAAAAGCCAGGCUCCCAGGAUCUCCAGGUAUGUGAACCAUCUGAUGACGCAGUACCCGGACUCGAGCGGACCCAUCCAGCGAUACGUGGCUAUGCUCAGACACCUGCUGACGUCCAUCACCACUCCCCAAGUGAUGUACUGUUUGUUGGAAGUGGUUGCUGUAGCUGCGAAUAAUAUUGCUCCAAACUUUGUGGAACAUACUAACUGGAUCAAGACCUUCAUUUCGUCAAGUAAAGAUGACAUCCGUGACCCAGCGGCUGAGCUCUUUGCUAUUGUCAUCAUGUACUGUGGAAAAGACGACCUGAUUCAGCAGGCCUUGGAGGAGUUUACCUCAAAUCUCAACAGUAAGAAUGUGGUGAAGCAGCAUGGUUCAUUGCUAGGACUUGGCUAUCUGAUUGGUCAUUUAAUCAGGAGACGGUCAUAUGACAUGGAAACUGACUCUGCUGACCAGCGAUCGGUCAGUGUCCUGCAGGCACACAUUAACACGGCUGUUUUCACGAUUGCAUCUAUGGUUAAGACCAGUGAACAAAGUCUUUUGUCGUCAGUUUGUGUAGCACUGGGUGAAAUCUGUCGGAAUGGAGUCAUGCCGCUCCCAAAUGGUGAUAGUAAUGAGGAAAAGACUCCAACCAAGCUGUCCCUGGUGAAAAACCUGAUCAAUGUUAUUGAAACAAGCAAAGAAACUGCAAAGGUGAAAGAAAGAGCGGUGGUAUGCUUGGGUUACAUGUGUGUAGGAGACCCAGAGUUUCCUCACCGGAGGAAAAUCAUUGAGGAUUUGCUUAAUGCAGUUCAGGACAAGCAGGUGGAGCUUCAUUUCACCAUUGCCGACUCUCUUGUGUGUGCGGCCCUUGGUUGUCGGUCUCCAGCCGCUCGCAGCAUGUGGACACAGACGGAGGAGGAGUUUGCUAUGACAGUGCAGGGAAUUCAAGAUGAUGUGGACUGGUAUUUGACUAAACUACUCAGCACCUACGUCUGUCAUGCUAAUCCUCAUCUCAGACAGGCUGCGUGUAUUUGGUUGUUGUCUCUAGUCAAGCAGUGUGGUUCCCAUGACACCUUGCAGCAACACAUCAAGGAGGUGCAGCGAGCAUUCAUGCGACUGCUGUCUGAAAAUGAUGAAAUCACACAGGAUGUAGCUUCUAAAGGCUUGGGUGUGGUGUAUGAGAAGUGUACACCAGAACAGAAAGACUCACUGGUGUCAGAGUUGGUGGAUACGCUCAUGACGGGCAAGAGACCACAACAGGAGGUGACUGGAGAAACUCAAGUAUUCCAAGAAGGGGCUCUGGGGAAAACACCGGAAGGGAGCAGUUUGUCUACGUACAAGGAACUGUGUGCCAUCGCUAAUGAUCUGAACCAGCCAGACCUCAUCUACAAGUUCAUGCACCUCGCCAACCACAACGCCAUGUGGAACUCUAGACGGGGAGCAGCGUUUGGCUUCACCACAAUAGCAGCACAGGCAGGUGAGCAGCUGGCUCCCUACAUGUCCCAGAUCGUACCGCGGCUGUACCGCUACCAGUUCGACCCCAACCCCAAGAUCCAGCAGGCGAUGAGCAGCAUCUGGAAUGCCCUAGUGCAGGACAACAAGAAAACAGUUGAUAAGUACAUCCAGCAAAUUAUGGGCGACCUGUUAAAGAAUCUCACCAGCAAUCAGUGGCGAAUACGAGAGUCUAGUUGUCUGGCUGUGACAGAUCUGCUACGCGGUCGUCAGAUUGAUGAAAUCAUUCACCUGUUACCCGAACUCUGGGAGACGUGUCUUAAAGUUAGAGAUGACAUCAAGGAAUCUGUCAGAAAUGCGGCUGAUUUAGCAUGCAAGGCUUUGAGUCGGGUGUCAGUGAAGAUCUGUGACCCGAGUCAUGGCAGUGUGGGUGAGAAGGCCACCAGCGUCAUGUUGCCGUGUCUACUCAACAACAGUCUGCAGAGUUCUGUACCCGAAGUCAGAGCCAUCGGCUUGUCGACCCUGCUUCAGAUCAGUAAGAAUGCCGGUGUUUUGAUGAAGCCGCACAUCCCCAUCAUGGUGACAGCGCUGCUGGAGGCGGUCAGUGGACUCGAACCCCAGGUCAUGAACUAUCUCAGCUUCCACGUCAGCAGUCAGGCAACACAGGAGAAGCUUGACAGUGCACGGAUCGCUGCUUCCAAGAUGUCUCCAAUGAUGGAGACCAUUAACCGAUGUGUGCAGUAUGUAGAUGACUCUGUGCUGCCCGAACUUGUUCCCAGACUGACGGAGCUCAUCAAGAGUGGGAUUGGAGUGGGAACUAAGGCUGGCUGUGCAAGUUUUGUUGUGUCUCUCAUUCACCAGUGUCCGCAGGAUCUGAGUCCUCAUGCAGGUAAACUGAUGGGAGCUUUUCUGCAUGGACUAGCUGACAGAAACCUGUCUGUGCGCAAAGCAUACGCAUCAACACUUGGCAACCUUGCAAAGAUUGCCAAAGACAGCAGCCUGGAGAAACUAAUUACCAGAUUAAAAUCCUACUACCUGGAAAAAGAAGAUGAAGUGUUCCACGUGGCGUGUGGCUUGACAUUGCGUGCCAUGAGUCAGCACAGUUCUGACGCCCUGCGGAGACACGCAGCUCUUGCCAUGCCCCUCGCAUUCUUCGCUAUGCACGAGAAAGUAAACAAAGAUGACAAGAGUUCUGAGACUGGUGACAGUGUGUGGGAGGAGGUGUGGCAGGAGGUGACCCCGGGGACGGAGGCGGGACUGCGCCUGUACCUGACGGAGAUCGUGGAUCUGCUCUACACCUCCCUGGAGUCGCAGCUCUGGAGCACCAAGGCCCAGGCCGCGGCUGCCAUGAGCACCGUGGCCAGCAAACUUGGCUCAAACCUCGGAUCUCCACACCUGGGGGUCGUCCUCAAAGCCCUGCUCACUGGGCUGCAGGGACGCACGUGGGAGGGAAAGGAAUCUCUCCUACAAGCUUUAUCUACUGUUUGUACAUCCUGCAAAGAAGCAAUCACAAAAGGUCAAGCGGGUCAAGCAACAAUAGAAGAGAUUGUGGAGGCUGUGUUAAAAGAAUGUAAGAAAGAGAAGCCUGCCUACAGGAUUGAAGCUCUGAAGUGUCUCAGUGAGAUUCUGGAAACAUACAACAUAGACAGAUUUGCAGACGUCUGGGAAAUCGUUGACCCCAUCAUACAGAAGAGUAAGAGUUCUGCGAAGGACCAGGAUGAGGAUAUGUCCAGUGCAACCAAUGAGGCCAUGAAGGACUGCGUGUACGCCACUGUGGGACAGACGUGGCCCACAACACUGGAGACUCAAGUAAAGUUCCAGACAGGUGUCAGUCUUGAGCUCUGCACAGCCAUUCCUCUCAACACGUGGAGAGUUCAGGUCACCAUCCUCAAGGCAAUCAACAAGUUUGUCGACAGGUUGUGUGGUCUGGACAGCGAUGAUAACGAACAUGGAGCUGCGGUGGAAAGGGUCAUCCAGACCAUUGUGGCCGCUGUCAUACCGUCACUAGGUAACAUGAAAUACACUGUGAUACGUUCUGAAAGCCUAGCUGUGAUAGAGAUAGUUCUUAAGAAGCUCACAGAAGCAAAUCGACUGGAGACAAUAUCAACUUCUAGAGAACAACUUGUACAGGAGUUGUCUACCCUUUCUCAAGAUGGCGUGUGGGACGUUCGAGAGAAAGCCAGCAAAGUUCUUAGUAUGGUGGAUGUGACUUCUUGAUGAAAGUUGAGAAAAACCAUCAAUGAAAGUUGAAUAUUGCAAAGAAUGUUUUUGUUUGAUGUGAUUUAAUCUGAAUAAAAACAGAUGCCAUUGACAUUGGGUUAGAUCAUCAUGGUAGAUGACUUGCCUAGUUUCACCUCAUGUUUGGAACUUAUAAAUAAAAUAUUAUGUAGGCAUUCCCAAUAGUACUGUGUUGGUGUGAACAUAAAACAGCUGUUUUAAUUACUGCAUCAUUGGGCUCCAAUGUCCUUAUACAAUUUUAGAGUCUAGACUCUAAACUCUAAUAGUCUCAGACUCUAAUGCGAUACAAAUAUAGAGAUUUGAUUCUAGACUUUAAAGUUGUAGAAGUGCAGAGCCAGAUGCAACAGAAACAGAUCUGUUACGCUAUGUUUCUGGGGCCAUGUUGUGUGUCUGCUGGAUUUAUUCUUAAUUACUUUGUGUGGUUACAAAAAUCAUUAAUUUACUUGGGCUUGAGCUUGUUGAACUUUUAAAGAUACCAUCUCCAUAUAUUACAUUGUUUCAUAAAGUGAAAUACAAACACAACUACAGUGUUAAGAAACAUGUACACUUUCUAUAUUGAUGUAUGUGCUAAUUAUGAUUAAAAAAAAAGAAGUUUUAUUAAGACUUAAAAGUCGCAGUGGAUUGAAGCAGGUACUGAACCGAAUACCUAGCAGUUUUAAGUGUCAUACUUUAACUUUAUUUCCCAUAUGGCUAAGAUAUCCAUGGUAAAAAUAUGUUAAUAUAUAAUUGCAGUGUGCAGAUUGAUUCUAAAGCCACCGAUUGGCUGGUUUACAAAUGAAGUCAUUUGGUUGGUUGUUCCUUGUGGCCGAAACUUUCACUUUCAUUCAUAAAAUCUUUCCAUUCCUGACUAAGUUUAAACAUACAUUAUAUAAUCUACACAUAAAAACUUCCACCGAUUUGCUUCAUAAAAUGGUGUAUUUUUAUAAGCAGGUGGCUAUUAGAAUAUAGAAAAAUAAUUACAAAAAAGUUAUGUAAUGAUGUCACCAGAUUUCAAAGGGUUUUUAUGUUAUUUUUUUAAAAGUUAAAAGUGAUGAGUAAUUGAAAAAAUAACCAACUUGCUGUAAGCAGUUACAAAUUAUCUUUCCUUAGUAAAUUAAUGUUGUAAACCUGAGACUUUGGCUUGGGACAGAUAAUCUGUAAUUCACAUAGAUAAUUAAUUAUUCUUUAACUACGCCACCAAAGCUUAGUACAUAAUUAAAUGUAACCGUGGAGAUUCUGUGUUAUAGGUAAUAAAGUGAAUAUAUCCGAGAGUGUAGCUUUAAUAAUUUUGGUGUAAACUGAAAUUUGAAGGCUAAAAUUAUUUAACUGUAUCCAGUUCGUCUGAUAUUAAACUUGAGAGUCCAGUUAUAAGCAGGGAUCCAUUAUCUAAUCCAGGUAACUUCUUCCAUAUUUCUUUCAUUCUUAUUCUCAUAAAAGCAAGAUGUUUAGAAACUUUGACUUACCAGACUAUGAGGAAAAUCAAGCAAAUAUAUAUACAUGUAUGUCCAAAACCAAACUUAAAUCACUUUUCUUUUUUACUAAUUUUUAGAUCAUUACCUUGGUAACAUAAUAAGCAAUCUUUCUAACCAUCUUAUUGUAGAUUAAAACGGAAUUUGGUAGAAUGUGUUUAUGUUUUUCUUCCUCUCUGUUUCUGUCCGAUUGCGUGCAGUUCUGUUGUUUUUGUUAUUGCAGUUUGUUCCAGUGUUUAUAGUUGUAAAAUGUGUUGGGAAUAAAGUACAUACAUGGUC